CAGAACGAGUCUUCCCAGGGCUCUGGAUAGACAUCCCGUGGAAUCUGCGGCGGAGAAUCCGGGGACAUGGGGGAGCCAACAGCUUUGAAGGUCCUGCAGCGGUGCUACGAAUACAAACGGUCGGCGCGAGAAGCGCGCCCCGGCACAGCCGUCGGGCCGCAGGGACUCGUUGCUGGAGGCUGGGCUCCCGGGUUCUCGGGUUGCAUAUGCUACCACCUCCUUUGCCCGUUGUGCGGGGCUAGAAGCCUUCGGAACCCUUUCUUUGCUGGGCCGUUCUGGAUCCCAGCUGUACUUUUAUCAUACUCUUCUUCAGAAUAUUUAUUCUGCUGGUACAGAAGAGGAUGUGUUCCAGGGACAUACUUUGUUGUCCGAAAUUCCAUAACCAGAGUGGCUUCAUUUGAGAGGAGCAGCAUUCCCAGAGAAUUUAAUACUCAAGGUGAAAAAUUAGAUAAUUUGCAAAGCUGGAGUUGAAUCAAACGUUAAAUAAUGGCAACAGGUGACUUAAAAAGAAGCUUACGGAACUUAGAACAAGUGCUUCGCUCGCUAAAUUAUCCUAGAGAGGUGGAUUGUGUAGGUUUGGUAAAGGGAGAUACAGCAGCCUCUCUGCCCAUCAUCAGCUAUUCCCUUACCUCAUACUCACCCUAUGUAGCAGAACUGCUGGUCGACUCCAAUGUUGAGCUCCUAGCAAAGAAUGACUUGCGCUUCAUAGAUACUGUCUAUAAGCUUCUUCGUGAUCAAUUUAAUUAUAAACCAAUCUUGACAAAAAAACAGUUUAUUCAGUGUGGAUUUGCAGAAUGGAAAAUCCAAAUUAUAUGUGAUAUUUUGAAUUGUGUGAUGAAAAAGCACAAGGAGUUGAGUAGUCUUGAGAAGACUCCAUCACAACAAAGAAAAAAAACCAGUUCUGCUAAGUCAGAACCUUGUUCAAGUGCUGAGAAGACAUCUACUGAACCUGUGGGCAUUGAUGUCACUGGCAGAUUUAUGACUUCAGGAAAGAAGAAAGCUGUGGUGAUCCGACACCUGUACAAUGAAGAUGGUGCUAACAUUCCUGAAGAUACAGAAACAGAUGUUAACGAAGCAUUUGAUGUUUGUGACUUAAAGGCUGCUGAAAUAACAAUUCCUGAAUUACAGGUUUCUGACAUUAACUGUGAGCAACAAGAUAUAAAAGUCAAUCCUGAGGUUACUGCAUUACAGUCUAUGCUUGCUGAAUGCCAAGAAAAGCUUAAGAAACUGACUUGCAUAGAAAGUAGAUUAGAAUCUUUGGAAGAAAAAAUGAAAGGGAAAGUGAUGGUGAAUGAAAAAACCUGGGCCAAUCUUCUGAGUCGUGUCACUCUUCUCGAAACAGAAAUGCUUUUAUCUAAAAAGAAUGAUGAAUAUGUAGAGUUUAAUGAGAUGAGUGAAGACUAUGCUUCCAGUAGUGACAUGGACAGUCUCAAUCCAGAUAGAAAAAGCAAAGAGGAAAGGCAUGCAAAUAUUCCUUUGUCCUCUGGUUAUAGUACGGUGUCAUCAGAUUCAACUCCCAGAACCUCAACUGUUAAUUACUGUGGUUUGAAAGAGUUCUCAGAGGAAACAACAAUGCAGAAAAUGGAAAGGAUGAAAAAAAUGUUUGAAGAAACUGCAGAGUUACUGAAAUGCCCAAAUCACUAAUUAUAGAAUUGUCUGCAUGAACUUCUCUAGGACUUUGGCUACUGUACAUGUUGUAUAUUUUAAAGAGUUCUCUAUGCAAUUUUAAUACACUGGAAUGUUCUUAUUAGAAUUUGAAUUCCAUUUGGUAUAUUCGCUUUUUGGUUCCAUAUUGAAUAAAUACUUAAAUAUUUUUGCGCUUUGAUUAUACUGCUUUACUGUUUUGCUAUUCUUAGGACAGCUAAGGUGCCAGUACACUUCUUUUAAAGUGUGAAGUCAUUCCAGCACUGUAUUUUUGUGUCGACAUUUGUUGGCAGUGUGCUAAAUAAUGUGUUUUUUAAAGUACAGGCUUGAGGACCAUGGUUUACAUCCUGUUGGAAACGCUUCACCGGGGACUUGCAUGUCGUCCCCAGGAGGCUCUCAUACAUACCAUCUUGCCAUCUGUACUGACGAAUAUGUUGUAAUGAAAAGUUGAAAAUACUCAUUGAAAUUUAAAUAAAACAAAGAUACAACUGUU